UAAAAACCGAAAUCAAUUUUUAUAAGGUUAGGUAUAAACAAAUCCAUGGAGGUUCAUUUCGCGGAAAAAGUCUGAAGGAGAAUUUUUUUUCUUCUCGAUAAUUGCAAAAAAAAAGAGAGCUUUUUCUCUUUCGUCUUCCUUUGAGUCGCCGACCCUUUGGCUUUUGCUUCAAUUUUCCGAUUCCUUACUGUGAUCUAUGGCUUCUGGUUCUGCUGGUCGGCCUAAUUCCGGCUCUAAAGCGUUCGAUUUUGGUUCCAAUGAUAUUCUCUGUUCAUAUGAGGACUACGGUAACCAGGAAUCUUCCAACGGUACCCAUACCGAUCUCUCCGUUGCGAAUUCUAGCAAGCAGGAUUUUCACAAAAGUAGAAUGUCGACUGUAUAUCCUGCUGCGGCGUAUGCUCAACCAGAAGAUUCUAUCAAACAGGAUGUGAUUUCUACUGUAGAGAACAGCAUGAAAAAGUAUUCUGAUAAUAUUUUGCGGUUUUUGGAGGGAAUAAGUUCUCGCUUGUCUCAACUUGAACUGAAUUGCUACAACCUCGAUAAAUCCGUUGGAGAAAUGCGAUCAGACGUAAUUCGUGACCAUGAAGAGGAAGAUUUGAAACUUAAAUCUCUUGAGAAGCAUCUACAAGAAGUCCACAGGUCUGUCCAGAUUAUAAGAGACAAGCAAGAGCUUGCUGAGACUCAAAAAGACUUGGCCAAACUUCAUCUCGUGCAGAAAGAGUCGCCUUCAUCGAGUCAUUCGCAUUCUAACGAGGAGAGAGCUUCACCCGUUGCCUCAGAUCCUAAGAACGAAAAUCCAUCUGAGAAUCACAAUCAGCAAUUAGCUCUUGCCCUGCCACACCAAGUUCUCCAACAGCAAAAUCCUCUAACACCGCCUCCUCCAGCAGCUUUGCCACAAAAUGUGCCUCAACAGCAAGCUUAUUACAUCUCUUCAACUCACUUGCCUAAUCAACUCGCCCAUAUCCAGCAUGCCCAGGGCCAAUAUCAGCAGCAACUUCAAGACGUUUCUCGGUUGCACCAGCCAAGUCAAACGCCUCCGCCGCAGCAAUUCAAUCAGUAUCCACAACAAUGGACAACACAGCAGCAGCAGCAGCAGCAGCAGCCCCCGCAACCGGUACAGCCACCGCAACAGCAGCAGCCUUCUAUGCAACCUCAGAUCAGGCCGCCACCUUCUUCAGUCUACUUGUCUUAUUCGAUGAAUCAACCAACGUCGAUGCCAGAGACUCUUCCAAACAGCAUGCCUAUGCAAGCUACAUUUUCACCUAUGCCUCAGCCGGGUUCAAGUCGCGUAGACACCGUGCCUUAUGGAUAUGCUGGAAGCGGUAGUACCGUACCCCAGCAGCCUCCUCAAGUCAAGAAUGCUUUUGGACCACCAGCCGGAGAAGGAUAUGUACCUUCCGGACCCCAAGCUGCACUUUCGUCUGGAGGUUCGUAUAUGAUGUAUGAUAGGGAAAGCGGAAGACCACACCAUCAUCCUCAACCUCAACAACAACCACACUUCAACCAAGGUGUAUACCCUCCGGCCAAUGCAUCUCUCCAGAUUCCUCAGCAAUCAGGCCCCCACGUCGUCGCCAGGAACCCGAGUCAUGCACAUCUUAUGCGCAACCAAAGCCAUCCUUACGGCGAUGUAGUCGAGAAACUGGUUGGCAUGGGUUUCAGGAGUGACCACAUUGCCAGUGUCAUUCAUAGGAUGGAGGAGAGCGGCCAACCUAUCGACUUCAACGCUGUUCUGGACGGGUUGAGUAAUCCCGGAGGUCCUCAAAGGGUAUGGUGACCAUAAUUUUAUUCAUAGAGGAGUCGCCUGUUUGUUCGUUGAGGCUCGUAUCGGCCACGACCAGCCUAGCCAUUGCGUCUUUUUAAUGCAUUGAAUAAAAGACUGGUUUUUAUGAUUUCAGUGUUCUCCCACCUCGUAUAUACAUGGUUUGUGAGAUACGAAGAACAGUUGAUUGUAUUUGUAAUGUUUAAAGUUUAAACCUUGUAUGAAUCUCUUCUUAAUUAUAGAAAUUUGGUUAUUUAAUUA